AUUUUAUUUUUAAAUUAAUUUUCAAGCCUUAAAUCUAAUCAUAAACAUGUAACAAUUUAGUUAAACACGAAACUAAUCAAGAAAACAAGGUUAAGUAUGAAAAUAACAAUUUAAUGAUGAAGAUAAUCAAAAGUGAUUAAUAUUUAUUCAGAAUAGUAAAUAAAUGAAUGAGAGUGAAAAUUAAUUGACAAUUUGAUAUUAUUGAUUUACAACAAUUAAAUUAUUACCACAAUUAAUAGGGUUGAAUGAGCAACAACAGCUAAAUAAACUAAAUUGGUUACAACCUGUUACCAAUUUAGUUAAUUACCUCAUUUAAGUAAGUAAAUUGCAUUUUCAGAGGUUUAAUUGUGAUUUAGGAAAACCACGGAAUUUAAUUUCUCUAACAAUUAGUGACACCUUUUAAUUGUGAAAUAGUUUUAAAGUUAAUCUAGUGUCGUGAUUUAGUUUGGAUAAUGAAUCAAUUGAUUAGAAUUGAUUUACCAAUUGAACAAUCAACAACAACAACAACAACAGAAUCAACAAUCAAUCAAUGGAUAAACUUAAUUGUUUAACUUUACUAUUUGUGAUUAUCAUUGGACUGUCGUUGUUUCAACCAUCAGAUCAAUACCUUUGUCCGCCGCUUUACCCGCCGGCUUAUGGUUAUUUCAUCCGCUCUUGUGGUAACACCAUCGGCGAUAAUUGUAACAUUGAUUGUGAGAUCGGUUUUGAUAUCGUUGGUCCUUCGUAUCGAGUUUGCCGAGCUAACGGAACUUGGUCUGGGUCGGAAACAAUUUGUGUUCGACCUUCGAUCCAAUGUCCAAUGUUACGAAUCACCUCGAUCGGUUUAAGUGUUCAGGGUUGUCAAAAUUUCGCCGGUGGAAUUUGUUCAUUUUCUUGUUCUCCCGGGUUGAUGUUAGUCGGUGAGACCCGAAUUCAUUGUCGAACCGAUGGGACUUGGUCUGGGGGUAUUCCGACUUGUCGUCGAAUCUCUUGUCCAGCUCCGCCUUUACCUCCGGCCCAUGGUUCAUACAAUGGUGGAAUUGGUGGAUGUCCAUCGGCGAUCGGUUCUUUUUGUACCUAUCAAUGUAAUUCGGGCUAUUCUCUGAUGGGUUCACCUCAAAUUCAGUGCAACUCUGAUGGACAAUGGUCUGGACCUGCACCGACUUGUGCUCUUAACUCUGGUACAAGUAAUGGCCGUUUAUCCUCAGUUUGUUCACCACUUUAUCCUCCUGGAAAUGGUUCGAUCGCGGGUAAUUGUGGUCCAACUGUUUCCAUCGAUGAUACUUGUCGAUUUACUUGUCAUUCUAAUUUUCUUUUAAGUGGUUCGUCAAUUGUCACUUGCCAAUCGAAUGGUCAAUGGUCCAGUCAACCUCCACGUUGUAUCGACUCUUUCUGUCCCCCUGUUAAUCCCUCGCUAUCUACUUCAGCCAUUUACGCUUCUGGUCAAUGUAACCCUGGUCUUCCCGGGUCUUUGUGUAAUUUUGCUUGUCCGAAAGGAUCCACGUUAGUUGGAUCAUCACAAAUACUCUGCCAAUCAGACGGAACUUGGAACACCGCUGUACCUUCAUGUCGACGGCCAAGUUGUUCCAAUCUUUCCCCUCCAACCAAUGGACAAUUAUCGGGCUCAUGUAGUCCUGGAAAUUUCGGUGAAUCUUGUACAUUUUUCUGUAAUCCUGGUUACUCUUUAAUUGGAUCAUCCAAAUUAACUUGCGAAUCAACUGGCCAAUGGUCAACUAAUCCGCCCUCUUGCAUACUCAAUGGUUGCCCUGAUCUUCAGGUUCCUCUUGGUGGUUUAUUCAAACCAGCGACAUCCUCAGCAUCGAUAAACUGUCCCGGUUGUCCAAAUAGCUGUUCCGGUCAACCAGGAAAUAUUUGCACUCUACUUUGUGGUCGAGGCUUCAGGUUACUAUCAAAAAAUGGCGGAUCCACAACAAUGUGCAAUCCAUCAACGAUGAGGUGGGAACCCGAACCAGCGACCUGUGUCCGUGAACGAUAUUUACCUUCAUCAGCCACUUCAUCACUCUCAUCACUAUCAACUCAAUCAUCUAAAUCAUCAAUCACCAAAUCAACCAAUUUAAAAUCACCCUAAUUAUUUAUCUCAAACUCUUUAUAAUUCUCAUCAUUUUAAAUUAAUUGUCUUUUUUUUGGACAAUCAAUUUUGAUAGUUACUUUUUUAAGGUCAAUACAAAAACGAAAUGUUAAUCUCACCCUUCAGAGUGAAUAAAUUAU